AAGAAAAGAAAAAGUUUCGCUCGGCCGACCCCUCUCGCUCCCAUCCCCUUCUCCGAUCCUCUCCCCUACGCCGCCGCCGCCGCCGCCUCGGCUUCGCAGGCGCCGCCCAGGUAGCGCUCGCGCUCCUCUGCCGGAGCUCGACGCCCCGGUCCUCCUCCUCCUCCCCCGGCGUUCCCUCCGGCCGGCGCGCGUCUCCUCGUGCCCCAGCCGCAGCAGCCAGCCGCCAGCCUCCACCGGCGUCUCCUCCUGACCCGGCCGCGGAAGCCCGCGGCACCUUGGCCCUCCUCCUCCGAAGGACCUCCAUCGGCGCCCGCGCACAAGGAACAGGUGCUUGGAUUGUACCAGGCAGAAGGAAAUUGGGAAAUGAGCAAGCCUGAGAACAUGUUCUCACUUCUUAAUCUUGAUGGUGAAGAUGAUGCAGGGAAUGAUAGCGAAGUGAACCAAACGUUUUCUACCAGCGCAAAAGAAACUGCUGCCCGCAAACCUGAUAAAGGUGUGCAAAAUGACACAACUGUUGUAAGCAAUAAUGGAGGAACUCUUGCAUCAUCAUCUGGUGGUUACAGGAUGCCUUUAGUGUGGAUAGACCUGGAAAUGACUGGUUUGGAUAUUUCGAAAGAUCGGAUAUUGGAGAUAGCUUGCAUUGUAACAGAUGGUAAACUUACAAAACAAAUAGAGGGUCCUAACUUGGUUAUAAGUCAGAGCAAAGCUUGCUUAGAUAAUAUGAAUGAAUGGUGUAAAACCCAUCAUGCAUCUAGUGGAUUGACAGAGAGGGUACUGCAGAGUGAGAUUUCUGAGGGUGACGCGGAGAAACAAGUGUUAGACUUCCUCAUGAAGCAUGUAGGUUCAGACACUCCAUCAAUAGCUGGGAAUUCAGUUUACGUAGAUUUACUAUUUCUAAAGAAGUAUAUGCCACGGCUUGCAGCCAUCUUCUCUCACGUGAUUGUUGAUGUGAGCAGUAUCAUGGCUUUGUGCACCCGGUGGUACCCUAAAGAAAGGAAGCAAACUCCUAGGAAAGGAAAAAGCCACAGGGCGAUGGACGAUAUCAAAGAGAGCAUCGCCGAACUGAAAUACUACAAGGGCAACAUCUUCAAACCACAGAAAUCUAAAAAGUAGCCUUUUUUAAAGGCGGAUAUAGAUGGGGUAUAAUGGAUAUGUCACAGUAAGUUGAUCAUCGAAUGAGUGGCUAGCCAGGAUUAGAGAGGAAAUUCCAGGCCAAGUUGUCCAUGCCUCAGCUCCGAGGCGAGCUUGUCGUAUUCCGUAGCUCCUAACGUGUUGAUCAAUGUCUGGAUAUAUCCACCUAUGACAUAUUCUUACUUCUCAGUCUCACCCCUGAAGCUGAAACCUGCAAAGGCCGUUUGAUCUGCAGCACUUGUACUGUAUCAGUGAAUUGUUUCGUCUAAACUGAAGUAUUGCAGCACUUUUUAUAUAAUUUCUGUCAUAAAAGAA